CCUCCCCCCUCACUGUAGCUUCUCGGCCUUCCACGUGCGCAUAGGCCGCCAGGCGCCGGCCACCCACCUACCGCAUCGCACGCCGCCGUUGCCGGCUUGCCUCUCACCUCACCUUCCGCCUCCGCCAUGGACCAUCUGACCUGAUCCCAUCGGAUUAUUUACUCUACUUAUUAUAGCCAAAAUAUGCGAGCCAGAAAGUCCACCGCGAGACAACCAAGAAUGGCAGACGUACCACCGCGUGUGCGUGUAUAUAAACCCUGGGGCCGGGCUCCUUCACUUGCCCAAACCCCGUGUCCCGUCUAGCUGUGCGCCAAAUCGCUCGCCGCCUCCACCGCCCUCCGGUCGCGUACACGCGUACCGCCCUCCGGCCUCGCCGGCUCUCUUUCCCUUCUCGCCGCGUACACGCUAACCCACUGACCCCACCGACCUCCGGUACCGGGUUACUAGGGCUCCGCCGAGCCUCGAACGAUGGCCGCGUCCCUCGCCGCGCGCUUCGUCGCCGGCGAGGCAUCGCCAGCGCCGGCGGCCGCGGCUGGAUCAGGGCGUCCUGGACCCGGGAGGGUCGCGAUGCGCUUCCCCUGUAGUGGGCGGCGCCGGUGCCCCGCCGGCGUGCGGUGCGGAGGGGCGAGGUCGCUGGGUAGGGUUUUAGGGGAGGGGGAAGAGGCGGAGGAGGGGGCCAGGUUCGUGGGGUGGUUCCGGGAGGCGUGGCCCUACAUCCGGGGACACCGCGGGAGCACCUUCGUCGUCGUCAUCUCCGGGGAGGUCGUUGCCGGUCCGCACCUCGACGGCAUUCUGCAGGAUAUAUCCCUUCUUCAUGGUCUUGGGAUCAAAUUUGUCCUUGUUCCAGGAACACAUGUCCAAAUUGAUAAGCUCUUGGCUGAGAGAGGAAAGAAGGCUAAGUAUGGCGGUCGUUACCGUAUUACUGAUUCAGAUUCAUUAGAGGCGGCAAUGGAGGCAGCUGGCCGAAUACGGCUAACUAUAGAAGCAAAGCUAUCUCCUGGCCCACCAAUGUUAAAUCUUCGUCGACAUGGUGUUAAUGGCCAUUGGCACGAAAUCGCUGAUAAUGUUGCAAGUGGAAACUUUCUUGGUGCUAAGAGACGAGGGGUUGUUGGUGGCAUUGAUUAUGGAUUCACUGGUGAAGUUAAGAAAAUAGAUGUUUCACGUAUAAGGGAGAGGCUUGAUCGAGAUAGCAUAGUUGUUGUGAGCAAUAUGGGGUACUCCAGUGCUGGAGAGGUCUUAAAUUGCAAUACCUAUGAAGUUGCUACAGCAUGUGCUUUAGCCAUAGAGGCGGACAAACUUAUCUGCAUUGUUGAUGGCCAAAUAUUCGAUGAGCAUGGCCGAGUCAAUCGUUUCAUGUCUAUUGAGGAAGCAGAUAUGUUAAUCAGAACACGUGCCAAGCAGAGUGAGAUUGCUGCAAAUUAUGUGAAGGUUGUUGGCGAGGAGGAUAUUAAUCAUGUCCGCAACCUACCUAUCAAACAGGAUAUAGAACUAGGUUUGAAUGGAAUGGACUAUGUUAAUGGGUAUACUGCAUCUUUCCGAAAUGGUGUGGGCUUCAAUAAUGGAAAUGGUCUGUCUGGUGAGCAAGGAUUUGCUAUUGGUGGGGAGGAGCGGUUGAGCAGGUCAAAUGGUUACCUUUCAGAGUUGACUGCAGGAGCAUAUGUAUGCCAUGGUGGUGUCCAAAGGGUGCAUAUAAUAGAUGGCACUGUUGGUGGAUCAUUGUUGUUAGAACUAUUCACAAGAGAUGGUGUUGGAACGAUGAUAGCUAGGGAUAUGUAUGAAGGAACAAGAAUGGCUAGAGAGGAAGAUCUUUCAGGCAUUAGGAAAAUCAUUUCUCCUCUAGAAGAAUCAGGUGUCCUGGUGCACAGAACAGAUAAACAGCUUCUGGAAGCAUUGACAUCAUUUAUUGUCGUGGAAAGAGAUGGUUCGAUCAUAGCAUGUGCCGCUCUCUUUCCUUUUCCUGAGGAUAAAUCUGGGGAAGUUGCUGCUAUUGCUGUAUCUGAAGAAUGUCGAGGACAGGGUCAAGGAGACAAAUUACUUGAUUACAUUGAGAAGAAGGCUUUAGCACUUGGUCUUGAGAAAAUAUUCUUGCUUACCACACGGACAGCAGAUUGGUUUGUUCGGCGUGGCUUCAAGGAGUGCUCAAUUGAAUCCCUGCCCGUGGUGAGGAGAAGACGGAUCAACCUUUCGCGUGGAUCAAAAUAUUACAUCAAGCGGCUCCAGGCAGCAGAGAUUGGACAUAUUGCUGUCAACAACUUUGCCAUUAGAUGAAUGGUGCAAACAGACUAAGUGAACAAUCUAGUUGCACAUGAAGUUUCCGUGAUGGACCUCUGCAGUGGUUGUACAUUGUAGAAUUUAUGUAUCUAUGAAAGUAAAUAAUCAGUCAAUCGAUGCGAUUGUUGUGUUUCUUUA